UCUAAUGUUGUGAGAGAUUGGCUUGCUAAAAAUCCUCAGCGACGUCCUUUAAUACUCCCAGGAAGCCGUAAUUUUGCAAACAUGUGCGAGAUGUUAACAUCCACAUAACAACGGAAAGCAAACAUUAUUAUUAAUUUAUACUUGUUCAUGCCUAAAAUUAGAGCGCAUUGAAGUCUGAGCUUUUACAGGAGUUUGUGCAUUUUGAAAGAGUACACAGAAAUAUUUUUAAGCGUGAAAGUGCACUUUUCGACCUUGUACUGGACACACGGUUUAAAAAUGGAUAGACUGAAGUUUCCUUGGUGAGAACAAACACUGGCCAGUCGAAUUCAAUGAUGAAACGAGUUGUGGAAAUAAUCGUAUUUCUUAUGUUUCAUUAAAAACUAACAAGGCGACUGCUACAUGUAAACAGCGUAGACUGGUGGGAAUCGCACACUGGCAACUUCAUUCUAUCUAUCUAUCUAUCUAUCAUUCACACGAAGGGAGCAGCAAACCGAAAUGCAGCAACCAAGUGAGGAACCGGAAAGAAAUUCAGAGUGCAGUGCAGGCACGUCGGGGGAGUCUACAGCGGUGAGACAACACGAAUCAACCCCGGGUGGCGGUGUGGAGCCAAAAGAACCGUUGAUCCAGCUGUAUCUUGCCGAUAGCGUCCCACUCCUGUGGCGUUCGGCGCACGUUAAACUGGCUAGAGAGAGGCUGGGGGUGGUCGGAGCAGCCGUGGGUUCGCUGGCUCGGCAACCUCGUCAAAACUGCCGUCUCUCCAGGCCGGUGCAGUUGCUGUGGGAGGAAGCUCGUUUUCUACUGGAGAACGGGAGAGCUGAGCUGGUGAAAGCUCUCAAACCGCAGAAUUAUGAGCAGGAAAUACAAAGCUAUGCUCAUUAUUUGGAGCGCAACCAUGAAGAGCAACAAACAUUUGCACUAGAGGAGAAGAAACAAGUGUUGAAGAGGGUGAUGGAGGAUAAAUGCAAAGAUGGUGCUUCAGCUCCAAGUUCAAUCCAGUCUGUGAAGGGUAGUCUGGAUUCUUUGGAGAGUUCGUUCAAGUUUCCUUGCUCUGCAGUGAUGGUGCAGCUUUGCACAGCUAGAGCUAGAUUCAGCUAUACUCCAGAAGAACGUCUUUGGCUGUCUGCAGAAUUGGCAAACCCAGUUGAUGAGAGACAGAAAGUCAGAUAUCGGGUGUUCAGUGAUCUUAGGGAAAAGGGCUAUUAUUUGACUUCUGCUGGUAAAUUUGGAGGAGACUACCUUGUCUAUCCAGGUGACCCCUUGCGUUUCCAUGCACACUUCAUUGCUGUGUGUGUGCCACUUGAUAAAGAGACUCCAUUCAGUGAUUACCUUUCACUUUCAAGAUUGGGUUCCAAUGUAAAGAAAACUAUUUUAUUAUGCUCUCCAAGUCAAACUGAUGCAAACUAUGUGCAUUAUACAUCUAUACAGUGGAGUGGGAUGGUGUGACAUUUUUCCAAUAUCUAUCUGGUUGAUGAAUUUGUUUAUAGAACAAAAUGGAUGAAACUGAUUUCUGGAUAUUAAAGAAAAGAAAUGUUAUAUGAAUAUGAAAAUAAACUAAUUUAUGUGAAAUUAGGAAUGCACUUGUAAAAGUAAGUGUUGUGUAUAUAUAAAAUUACUUAAACCAACUGAAACCUGUUUAGUCCAUUUUGGAAAAUGGUGGGUAAAGCCUGUCUUGCCAGGAGUGGGCCCAAGAUAGAAAUAAAGGCCUGGACAAAGUAUCGGUCCAUUGCAGGGCCCUCUCACACAUACCCACAGUCACACUCCUGCAGGGUCAUUGUGGCACCCACAGUUAACCUAACUAGCGUGUUGUGUAGGAGAAAAACAUCCCUGUGAAGUUGGCUUUCCUCUGAUAUCUUCCAUUGGUUAUCCAGCUACUCAGUGUUGGCUGGAAAAGUGUAGGACUUCGUUGUUAGUCGCAGCAGUGUUUUGUCCAUAUGCGGAUGAUUCCACUUCAUCCCCCUUUUCUAGGUCCGUUUUUUAAUUGUUCCAGGUUCAGCCAUUCCUUCUGUAUCGGUUGUAUGUAAAUAUUGAUAAUAGCUUAAAAGUCUAAUAGUCAGAAUUUACUGUGAUAUUUAAAAGGGUUUGAUCAGAAGUACUACCUGUAGAAAUUGUCUGAAAAACAAUGUAAACAACAAGAUUAUUUUUGAAAACACAUAGGCCUAAUGGCCAACAUAAUGUAGCAAGAAGAACUGACAUUGAGUAAUUUUAGUUAAUUCCAUUAAUUUAAUUCAGGAUUCUUGAGGACUGAGGCCUAACCUGACUGCAGCAGACAUGCAGCAGGAACCAAUCUAGAAUGGGACAGCAGUCUAUUGAAGGAUUUACUCAUUUGGGAUUAGUAUUGGAGCUGCCAAUAAUUACCUAUUAAUGUUUUUAUAAUACACGUUUGGUGCACACAAUGGCCAUUAUUUCUUUCACUUCUCUAUGAAUGUCUAGAUAAGGUGUCUCUGGAUUGACAGGUAUUCUUGUAGGUAAUUCCCUGAAAUGUAUAAAAUGAUUUAAGAAAAGUUCACAAUUCAUCAGAAUAUUGGUGUUAAAACUGGAACACUUGACAAUUAAGCAACCAUUAUUAAGAUUACAUUUGAUUUACUGUACCUUUCAAAUCGUAUUUCCUGUCCGUGAAAUUGUUUUUGGUGAGGAUUUUUGAAUUUCUUUUACAAAGUACAUUUGAAUACAGCAUUUCCUGAGACUUAACAUAACAUUCCUAAAAACAUUUAAUCCAAGUUAAUGUGGCAGAGGGAUGGAGCCUAUCCAAGAAGUGCAGUCAGAAAAUAGCUCUGGCCAGAAUGCCAGUUAAUCACACGGGCCAAUUUGGAAUCACCAGUCAACCAAACCUGUUCCAUAUGUAUCCAGCAGUAUUGUGUGUCUUAUAUAUUACUGAGCUAAAAUAUUGCUAAAGGACUUUGUUACUUUCUAUUACAG